AUGUGUCCAGGAAAGUCUUUUCUCGGGGCGCUCUGGAUCUGCGCGCGGCACCCGUGGGACGAGGAUGGGGCGGGGCCCCGGACAGGACCCUGGCUGUUUUUGGAGUCCGGAUAUCAAGAACUGGCUGCAGUUCUGUCCCUACAACUCCCGGGAUCCUCUCUGGAGUCCCCUUCCUCCUACUGCCCCGACCUCCCCAACCCGGGACCCCCAGCCUCACAAGCCAGACGCUCUCGAACCUCAGAACUACGGGGGUAUCUCUUCGCCUGGAUCAUAGUCUCGUUUGCCUGUCACCUGGUCUCCACCCAAGGAGCUCCUGAAGAUGUGGAUGUCCUCCGGCGGCUGGGCCUUGGCGGGGCGAAGGUGGCAGGCGGGCGGAGCCCCGCUCCCUUGGGGGUCAUUCCGUUCCAGUCGGGGUUCAUCUUCACGCAGCGGGCCCGGCUCCAGGCACCUACAGCCUCCGUUAUUCCUGCUGCCUUGGGCACAGAGCUGGCACUGGUGCUGAGCCUCUGCUCCCAUAGGGUGAACCAUGCCUUCCUCUUCGCCGUCCGCAGCCAGAAGCACAAGCUGCAGCUGGGCCUGCAGUUCCUUCCCGGCAAGACGGUCGUCCACCUGGGGCCCCGGCGCUCUGUGGCCUUCGACCUCGACGUGCAUGAUGGGCGCUGGCACCACCUGGCCCUCGAGCUCCGUGACCACACGGUCACCCUGGUGACGGACUGUGGGCAGCGCCGGGUGCCUAUCCCACUGCCUUUCCACAGAGACCCGGCACUGGACCCUGCGGGCUCCUUUCUCUUUGGGAAGAUGAGCCCACACGCGGUCCAGUUUGAAGGCGCCCUGUGCCAGUUCAGUGUUUACCCUGUGACGCAGGUUGCCCACAAUUACUGUACACAUCUGAGAAAGCAGUGUGGGCAGGCUGACGCUUACCGGCCCCAGCUGGGACCCCUCUUCCCCUGGGACUCAGGCUCCCACUUCCCCUUCCGGACCGACCUCCCACUGCUGGGCCUAGAGAAUCUUACCUCUGCUGCCCCAGCUCUGGGGUCACAGCCAGCAAGCAAGGAGGCCAAGGUGACUGUGGCUCCUGCCAUGCCCACCAAGGCCCUGAGGACUAGCACCAGUGGCCCUCACCAGCAUGUUGCAGCUGGUGGCCCAGCCUGGACCCCAGUGCCAUCUGCCAAUCUAUUGACCAGUCAAACAUUUCCUCCUGUGCCCCCAGCUUCUCUGGCCGGCACCACCAGAACUUCCCACUCCACAGCUCUACCUGCCCAGCUAUCAUGGAAAAAUACAGACUCCAAAAUCCUCCAAAGUCUCCCAACUGAGCCUUCUACUCCUUCUCUGUCAGUUGCCCCCGUCAGAAGUCCACGUCCCACCCAGAAGGCAGCUCCAACACCUUCCUUCUCAAAAUCAACCCCAUCCACCCAGAAGCCAGUGCCGCCUACUUCCCGCCCAGUUCCUGCCAAAGUCUUCCGUCCCACAGUGAGGCUGACCCAGAGGAACCCGGGAGUGCCCAGACCUCUGCCUCUCAGCUCCCGGCCCCUCUCUCCUGCUGUUGUCUCCUCCAAAAAACUCUCUGCCCUAGUUGCUCAGACCAAGGCCAAGAUGAGCAGUCAAGCCAGUAAGCCUGCCCCUGCCCGCACCAGAACACACAAAGGACCCCACCCCACUGUUUUGCCCCUGUCUCCUGCCCCUAGUCCUGGCUCUACCAGGACCCCUUGGCCACCAGCCACAGCGGUGCUUCCAAUCUCAGGCACCAGAGCUCCCAGAAUGGCACUUCCUGCCCUCACAGCAGCUCCAACCCCCACAAGAAGCAAGAAACCCGCUGGAUCCAAAGCUGCAAAGAAAGCUGGACCUAAGAGCAGCCCCCGGGAGCCUGUGCGUCUCAGAUCUGGGAAGGCAGCCAGGGAUGCCCCGCUGAAAAAUCCGACCACCCGGCCCGGCCCCAGACGGCCCAGUCAGCAGACCACCCUUGCCCCGGCACUGGCCCCGGCACGGUUCCUAUCUUCCAGUCCUCGGCCCACGAGUCGUGACUACUUGUUCUUCCACCUGAUGGGGCCCACGCCUUUCUCCCUGCUGAUGGGGUCACCAGGGCCCAAGGGAGACUGUGGUUUGCCGGGUCCCCCUGGGCUGCCUGGGCUACCUGGACCCUCUGGUGCACGAGGGCCUCGGGGUCCUCCUGGGCCUUAUGGAAAUCCAGGCCUCCCAGGCCCCCCUGGAGCCAAAGGACAGAAAGGGGACCCGGGGCUCUCACCAGGAAAGGCCCACGAUGGGGCAAAGGGUGACAUGGGCUUGCCUGGGCACCCUGGGAAUCCAGGACCUGUUGGACGAAAGGGCCUCAAGGGUUAUCCUGGACCGGCAGGGCACCCCGGAGAACAGGGGCAGCCAGGACCUGAGGGCAGCCCAGGGGCCAAAGGUUACCCUGGCAGGCAGGGGUUACCUGGACCAGUAGGAGGCCCAGGCCCCAAAGGCAGCCGGGGCUACAUCGGACUCCCAGGGCUCUUUGGCCUGCCAGGGUCCGAUGGAGAACGAGGUCCGCCUGGCGUUCCUGGGAAGAGGGGCAAGAUGGGUAGGCCGGGGUUUCCUGGAGACUUCGGGGAAAGAGGCCCUCCUGGAUUGGAUGGAAACCCCGGAGAACUGGGCCUGCCAGGACCCCCAGGAGUCCCUGGCCUCAUUGGUGACAUGGGAGUGUUGGGUCCCAUUGGUUACCCAGGACCCAAGGGCAUGAAGGGACUGAUGGGAAACAUGGGGGAACCCGGACUGAAAGGUGAUAAGGGUGAACAAGGGGUUCCAGGUGUGUCAGGAGACCCUGGAUUCCAAGGAGACAAGGGAAGCCAGGGGUUGCCAGGAUUCCCAGGUGCACGGGGGAAGCCAGGACCUCCGGGCAAAGUUGGAGACAAAGGACCUCUUGGGUUUCCUGGGCCCCCUGGACCUGAGGGGUUCCCUGGAGACAUUGGCCCUCCCGGGGAUAAUGGCCCAGAAGGUGUGAAGGGUAAGCCUGGAGCUCGAGGCCUGCCAGGACCCCAUGGGCAUCUGGGGUCAGAGGGAGAUGAGGGACCCAUGGGGCCACCAGGGGCCCCUGGCUUGGAGGGUCAACUCGGCAGGAAGGGCUUUCCUGGGAGGCCUGGCCCAGACGGCCUGAAGGGAGAGCCAGGGAAUCCUGGACGGCCCGGGCCUGUGGGCGAGCUGGGACUGCUGGGGUUCAUUGGUCUGGUCGGGGAGCCAGGAAUUGUGGGAGAAAAGGGUGACCGGGGCAUGACGGGACCCCCAGGUGCUCCUGGACCCAAGGGGUCGAUGGGUCACCCUGGAAUGCCAGGUGUUGUUGGGACCCCUGGAGAGCCUGGACCCCUGGGCCCUCCAGGAUCUCGAGGCCUACCAGGCAUGAGGGGAUCCAAGGGGCGCCAGGGCCCCCGAGGACCAGACGGAGCAGCUGGGGAGCCGGGGUCCAGGGGCCUGAAGGGUCCUCCAGGACCACAAGGCAGACUGGGCCACCCUGGGCAGCAGGGUGUGGCUGGUGAGCGAGGGGACGCUGGCCCACGAGGCUUUCCUGGCAUCCCGGGUCCCUCAGGUCCCCCAGGUGCCAAGGGCCUCCCAGGAGAACCGGGCCCCCAGGGUCCCCAGGGACCAAUUGGCCCACCAGGAGAGAUGGGGCCCAAGGGGCCGCCAGGGGCAGUGGGAGAACCGGGCCUUCCUGGGGAAGCUGGUAUGAAGGGUGACCUUGGACCCCUGGGCAUCCCUGGUGAGCGGGGCCUCAUUGGGCAGCGGGGAGAGCCAGGCCUGGAGGGUGACAGUGGCCCCAUAGGACCAGAUGGGCUGAAGGGGGACAGGGGUGACCCAGGGCCUGAUGGUGAGCAUGGCGAGAAAGGCCAGGAGGGGCUGAUGGGCGAGGAUGGGCCCCCGGGCCCCCCUGGGAUCACCGGCAUCCGGGGUCCUGAAGGAAAGCCAGGCAAGCAAGGAGAGAAGGGCCGGACAGGAGCCAAGGGUGCCAAGGGCUACCAAGGACAGCUGGGUGAGAUGGGCACCCCUGGAGACCCCGGACCCCCUGGCACCCCAGGCCCUAAAGGGUCCCGGGGCAGUCUGGGACCAACGGGUGCUCCAGGACGGAUGGGGCCCCAAGGAGAACCGGGACUGGCUGGUUAUGACGGUCACAAAGGCAUUGUAGGACCUCUCGGACCCCCUGGACCAAAAGGUGAAAAGGGGGAGCAGGGUGAUGAUGGCAAGGCCGAGGGCCCCCCCGGGCCACCUGGAGAUCGGGGUCUGGUGGGUGACCGAGGAGACCGCGGGGAACCGGGAGACCCUGGGUACCCUGGUCAGGAGGGUGUACAAGGCAUCCGUGGAAGGCCAGGCCAGCAGGGCCGCCCCGGGCAUCCUGGACCCCAGGGGCGGCCGGGACCUAAAGGAUCAAAAGGCGAGGAGGGACCAAAGGGAAAGGAAGGCAAGGCUGGGGCACCAGGCAGGAGGGGGAUCCAGGGCCUGCAGGGGCUGCCAGGGCCCCGGGGCGUGGUGGGGAGACAGGGCCUUGAGGGCAUCGCCGGACCAGAUGGGCUUCCUGGCAGGGAUGGUCCAGCAGGGCAGCAGGGGGAGCAGGGAGAUGAUGGGGACCCUGGCCCCAUGGGCCUUGCUGGGAAGAGAGGAAAUCCAGGUGUGGCUGGCUUACCUGGGGCACAGGGACCCCCAGGACUCAAGGGUGAGAGCGGCUUACCUGGGCAGCUGGGUCCUACUGGCAAGCGAGGGACAGAGGGCGGAACAGGGCUCCCAGGAAACCAGGGAGAGCCUGGAUCCAAAGGCCAGCCGGGUGACUCUGGAGAGAUGGGCUUCCCAGGAAUGGCUGGCCUCUUUGGACCCAAGGGGCCCCCAGGAGACAUCGGCUUCAAAGGCAUCCAGGGUCCUCGGGGGCCGCCGGGCUUAAUGGGAAAGGAAGGCAUCAUUGGGCCCCUUGGGAUCCUGGGACCUUCCGGACUCCCGGGCCCAAAAGGUGACAGAGGCAGCCGAGGGGACCUGGGACUGCAAGGUCCGAGGGGUCCUCCUGGCCCAAGAGGGCAGCCUGGCCCACCGGGUCCUCCAGGGAGUCCAAUUCCAUUUCAACAAGAUAACCUUGGGGCAGCUUUCCAUACAUGGAUGGACACUAAUGGAGCCCUCAAAACAGAGGGUUACAGCUAUACAGACCGUCUGGUGCUGGACCAGGGAGGGGAGAUCUUUAAAACCUUACACUACCUCAGCAACCUCAUCCAGAGCAUUAAGACACCCCUGGGCACCAAAGAGAACCCCGCCCGGGUCUGCCGGGACCUCAUGGACUGUGAGCAGAAGAUGGUGGAUGGUACCUACUGGGUGGAUCCAAACCUUGGCUGCUCAUCUGACACCAUCCAAGUCUCCUGCAACUUCACGCAUGGUGGACAGACAUGUCUCAAGCCCAUCACAGCCUCCAAGGUCGAGUUUGCAGUCAGCCGGGUCCAGAUGAAUUUUCUGCAUCUGCUAAGCUCUGAGGUGACCCAGCAUAUCACCAUCCACUGCCUUAACAUGACCGUGUGGCAGGAGGGCACCGGGCAGACCCCAGCCAAGAAGGCUGUGCGCUUCCGGGCCUGGAAUGGGCAGAUUUUUGAAGCUGGGGGUCAGUUCAGGCCAGAGGUGUCCAUGGAUGGCUGCAAGGUCCAGGAUGGCCAUUGGCAUCAGACGCUCUUCACCUUCCGGACCCAGGACCCCCAGCAGCUGCCCAUUGUUAGCGUGGACAACCUCCCUCCUGUGUCAUCAGGAAAGCAGUACCGCCUCGAAGUUGGACCUGCAUGCUUCCUCUGA